GAAAUGAGCCAGCUAAUGCUUGAACUCAUUUAUAAUAAUGUUCUCAGCUCCGUUGGAUGCAAUCAGGCUUGUGAGCGUCCGAAGAGCUUCACUUCAGCGAGCUUACUCAGACUGUUCCCUUGAGUCCAUUCUCAAUACUAUCGGCAUUCCUUAAGAAGGAGACUAGUAUUAAUACCCUGGACAGGCUGACCAGGUUGCAGUGGGGAGAGGGAGGGAGCGUGGGCAUGCGCAUCCCACAUCCCCAAGCCGGGAGCUCCCAUGUCACUCAGCCGUGUCACUCCAGGCGCACUACACUGUCGGGCUCUGCAGUAUGUAUACUCUCUCUAUGCCCGGGGCUAUACAUUGAGAGGGCUACAGCAGUACUAGGAAGUCGAGAGCCACCUUGCUGGUCAAUGGCCCAUUUUAACUUAACCUGCAUUGCUAUAUUAUGAGUACUGUAUGAGGGCAUAGUUGAACCUAAGAGGCAUUCUACACGAGGUCGGAAAAUGGCGGACGACUCCUCUUCAGUGCGCUCAGGCGGAACUGGUACCUCCGGUGGGAAUUCGGAAACCAGCAGCCAGAGGAGCGAUGCGAAAAUGCUGGAGAAGCGGAAAAAGGCGAGCGAUGGCCAGGACGAAGGCGACCUACUGGAGCAACGGCGCUCUGUCCAAGAAGGCGUGUUCACGUGCAUGUACACGCUGGUGCGCACGCACUCGGUGCUCAGCAGCUGGAAGUUCGCCGUGCUCAAGAUCGUGCUGGAGGGACUGAUGGCAUUCCUGGUGGUCUUCAACACGAAUCAGAAAUGGAAAAUCGACACGAGCAAUCCAGUGUGGCAGGUUGUCCGCUGGGCGUUGUGGCGCAGCCCCAUUGCGCGGCUGUAUGGAUACGACAUGUACAUCCGGAUCCUGUACGUGCAAGCGGUGCUGGUGCUGCUUUCCGUAGCCAGUUUAGCCUGGCUGACUAUCGCGAUGCGCAAGGCAGAACAAUCCAAGAUGCUGAAGCGCAUCGCGGCAGUGUUACACUUCGUGUACGAGCUGCUAUUCAUGAUCUUCUACGUGACCCUGUUUGACUACUUCGUGUUCGCCGCGGACUGCGACUUCUCGAAGGCAAACGCGCCCCACGCCUUCUACCCGACUGUGUACUGCUUCAGCAUGCCGCACGUACUCCACAUGUCUGUGGCGCUGUUUGUGGCGGUGCUGCACCUGUGCGUCACGGCGCUCCUGGUGGUGGCGUCCAGCGACCUCAACCCCAUCACACGCGGCUACCUGGCCUCGCCGGACGCUCCCACUCGGCUGCGCAUCCUGGUGGGCAAGGCCAUAUUCAUCAUCACCGCCACCUGUUUCAAGUCCUGGCCCAGGCUCCAGACCGGGCUGAUGGUGGCGGCGGUGACGCUCAUCACCUGGUUCAACUUCAAAAAGAUGCCGUUCUACCGGCCCUACCUGAACGUGGUGUGGACGUCAAAUUGGCUGGGAGUGCUGUACACGGCUUGCAUGCUGGCGGCGCUGACAUUCGGCAAGGACCAAAGCGUCGAGCGGAGGAAAGAGAUGUCAAUGUACGUGCUGUACGGCAUCUUCCCGGUCAUCAUUUGCGGCAUGGGCAUCAACGCCGCGCACGUGUGGUGGGUGAUGCGCCCCGCCAAGCGCUUUGUGGAGCUGGCCGACCGCACCGCCGACGUCCGCGCCGUGCGCCGUGUGCACGUCUUCUCGGAGCGUCACGAGGUUGAGGUGCUGUCGCGCGUGAUGCGUCGGUUCAACAAGUUUGAGGAGGGCGUGGAGGAGGAGGCGGCGGCGCUGGGAGAGACCAUCAUCAAGGCCGGCAUGCACGCCUUCCCCGCCACAGCCUACCUGCACAUCCUGUUCGCCAACUUCCUGCUGGAGGUGCGCAAGGACGGCCCCGCGGCGCGCACACACCUGCAGCUGGCGGGCAAGUACUCGCCAAGCCUGGUGGAGCGAUACCAGAUCUACUGCACCAACGAGGCGUCCAAGCGCCUGAAGGACAGCCAGGACGGCGGCAUGGACCUGCAGGCCUACAUCGAGUUCAGGCGCAACUUCAGGGCGGUGAUGCGCGUGCACAAGGAGGUGCUGGCUCUGGAGGCGGAGCUGUGGCGGUUGUGCCAGCGCACCAACCUCAAGGUGUCGGAGAUCGACAGCUCGUUGGACGAGGUGGAGGCGGCCACGGCCCGCGCGCACCAGGUGUACAAGAGGGUAAUUGAGCGCUAUCCCAACAACGGCAAGCUGCUGCGCGUGUACGGCAAGUUCCUGGAGGACGUGAAGCACGACGCCCCCGCCGCGCAGCGUGUGUAUGCCGAGGCGGCGCGCAACGGCGGCGGCGAUGCCAUUAUGAGCCUCGACCUGAGCGCCAUCCAGAGCUCCACCAGCAAGCCCGAGUUCCUGACGUCCAUGUCUAUCCAGGAUGACGCGGUGGUGGUGAUCAACGCCGAGGGCACCAUCAUGAUGACCAGCCAGGCGGUGCAGACGGUGUUUGGCUACACCAAGAACGAGCUGGAAGGCGUGAACGUGGCGUUGCUGAUGCCGCAGCCCUUCAGCCAGCGCCACGCCUCCUACCUCACCCGCUACGUUGCCACCGCCGAGCCGCGCAUCCUGGACAGCGUGCGCGAAGUGGUGGCGCUGCACAAGGAGCGCUACGUGUUCCCGCUGUCGCUGUGUGUGACCAAGAUGAGCGGCACGGGCAGCGACAGUGUGUUCCUGGGCGUCAUGCGCCCGCUGCCGCCCAGCAGUCUGCGCGUGCGCGCCUGGGUGGCUCCCAACGGCGCCUUCCUGUGCGGCGACCAGCAGUUCGCGAGCAUGUGCGGCCUGGCGGAGAAGGACCUGGUCGGCUGCACGCUGUCCUCCCUGGUGGCGAACCCUGAGGAGGAGGUCAACGAUCUGCUGGAGCGCUUCCGCUCCGCCACCGCCGCCGAGCUGGAGUCGGGCAACAUCAUGGUGCAGCUCAAGCUGCGCCACCGCUUCCAGGAGCCAGUGCCCGUGGAGGCGACCGUGGAGCUGGCGGGCACGGACAACCAGCGCAUCAUGGCGCUCAGCUGCCGCCGCACCGACGGCCAGGAGGGCAACCUGCUGGUGGUGGACACGCACAUGCGCAUCCGCUUCGCAAGCCUGGGCGUGUCGGCGCUGCUGGGCUACCCGCCGCGCAAGCUAGCGGGAGGAGGAGGCGGCGGAGGCGGGGGCGGCAUGCAGCUGGACGCGCUGCUGCCGCCGCCGUACAACACCAUGCACGCAAAGUUCCUGCGGGACCCGCCGCACACGAUCGCCUCCACGGGCUGCCGCGCGGGCAAGGUGGUGACGCUGCUGAACGACGCGGCGGCGGCGGUGCCGGUGCGCAUCAAGGUGUCGGCUGCCAACCCGGACGGCGUGGGCCUCAACCCCUCGCUGCACGUCAUCCAGGUGGACCGCGUGUCGGCCGAGGAGGUGUUUGAUGAGAAGCGCAUCGUCCUCACCUGCGACCUGGCGGGGCACGUGCUGUCCGUGUCGCGCCCCGACUCGGACCUGUUCGGCUUCCCCGCCGCCAACCUGCCCGGCAGCAGCCUCUUUGAGUCCAUCGACAUCUUCCGCGAGUGGGUGGAGCGCAACGGCGAGGCGCAGCUGUCGCUGCUCAUGCUGGCGCUGCUGGACAAGGAGCAGGAGAUGCCGGGCACGUCGUGGCGUGUGAAGGUGACGGAGCCGCCCCAGCCGGAGACGGAUGGCGUGCCGCACCUGCCAGCAGUGGCCGGCGCCGCCGCCAAGCCCUCCAAUGUCACCACUGGCGGCCGCCGCCUCCUGCCCAUCUCGGCCUGCAUGCAGGCCGAGCUGAUUGAGGAGGAGAUCAUUGGCGGCGGCUCCCGCCGCCCCAGUCACGAGGGCGACGCGGGCGAUGGCGGCGAGCACAAUCCGCAGCACCAGCACUCGCAGGAGGCCACAACGGUGACGCGCGUCAAGCUGACGCUGUGGCGGCGCGACCUGCUGACGGGGGUGGUGGAGCUGGACGAGGGGCUGGUGGUGCGCAAGGCGUCGCCCAUGACGGGCCUCAUCGUGGGCGUGCCAGCCAGCGCCAUGAACAAGAAGCCCAUCCAGAAGUUCCUGGACAUGCCGCGCAACACCUCCUGGGCACAGAUCGCUGCCUCGCACUCGCGCCACCGCAACCACCAGGCCGGCGGCGCCGACGCCAACAAGCGCUCGGCGCUCAAGGGCGGCGCGGCGGCGGCGGCGCAGCGCGGCGUUGUCAGCCCGGUCAUGCCCUUCAUUGGGCCGCACCCGGACGCCGGCACCAUGCGCAUCCUGGUGCAGGGCGUGGAGCAGCUGGCUCCAGGCUCGGGCAAGUCCAAGAUCAUCGUUACCAUGCGUCCUGACACCACCUUCGCGGGCGCCCACGCCGACCUGAUGCGCGUGCUGCAUCUCGACGACGUCGGCUCGCACUACGGCGGCUCCCAGAAGAGCCACGGCGCCAGGGCCGGCGGCGCCGCGCAAGAGGACGAGGAUGAGUACGGCGGCGUCGGUGGCUUGGAGCGCGCCGGCACCCUGCUACGCGCCGGCGCGAGCACGGUCGGUCAGGAGGAGGUGGGGAAGGGCAAGGGGAAGGAAAAGGACCGAUACAAGAGGAAGCAGAGCGGCGGUGCCGAUGGCGGCGAAGGAAAGCCGUCAGGCGAGGAGGGUGCCGGAGACGCCAAGGCGGCGGGCGAGGGCGGCAGCGAGGGUGGCGGCGACCAAGGCAGCGCCUCUCGCGACGGCGACAGCCGCGAGCAUCUGAGCCGAGAAGGCGACGGCAGUGAUGACGAGCCCGGUGAAGAUGGCGAGGACGGUGCUGGCAGCGGUGGCGGCGGCAGGCGCAACAGCACGGGCUCCGUUGACACAAUGGCCAUCGAGCAGGCCAAGCUCCACAAGCAUUCCUCCAACAAGUCCGACUUCGUGGCGCAGUGGGUGCGCACGCUGAGCAAGCAGCCCAGCGGCCUCCCGGGUGGCGACCACGCACACGCAGCGGCUGGCACUGGCGGCGAGUCGCCCAUCAAGGCCGGCGCGCGCCGCGCCAGCAGCGGCUUGGAGGGCGGCGGGCUGCUGGGGCCUCUGCCCGGCGAAGAGCAUGCGGGCGGUGCGGCUGCGCACGGCCGGACCAGGUCUGGCAAGGCCCUGGGCGGGCUUGGCGUCAUCAUGGAGGAUGCCACGUCACGCAAGGGUGCCGGCAGCGAGUACGGCGGCGAGCGCGGCUCGGAGGACGGCGCCGCCAGCUCCAUCUACGUCAAGAAGCCGUCAGCACUCGCGGUGUCCGCAGCAGGCGCAGGCGGCGAGCGGCCCGCCGGCGGCGGCAAGGAGGGCGGCAAGGAUGGCGAUUGGGAGAAGGGCAGCGAGGGGGGCGAGUCGUCAGCCGACGGCAGCCAGGCUGCCAGCGGCAUCACCAGCGUGACGGACGGCGCCUCCACGGUAGACAUCACGGUGGACGCCCGCCGCGGCCGCCUGCUCAAGCAGCUGCGCAAGGUGCUGAUGGGGCCCGUACUGAUGGGGCCUCUGGACCGGCUGCGGCUGCACACGUACAUCGUGCUGGGGCUGAUGCUGCUCACACACAUCAUCUGCUACGUAGUGGUGGAGCGCACCAUCCUCAAGGAGCACGACGGCAUCUACCUCGUCCACCGCCAGGCUAUGGCCAUGGACCGCGCGCAGCUGCUGGUGGUGCGCGUGCUGAUCGGCACCUACUGCGAGCGCGCCAACAUGACGGACCGCUCCAGCGCCUGCACGCCGCCGCUGUCCACCCACAUCGCCAGCAUGAAGACGUCCAUCGCGCAGCAGGAGGAGUACCACCAGGGCGUGUUCUUGGGCUGGAAGGCGGGCCAGGUGCGGGAGCUGGCCACGGACAUGUACGGAAUGUGGAGCCAUAAGGAUUUCGAGUAUGAAAUAUUCCUGGACACGGACCCGCCCAUGGUGUUCACCGCCAAGGCGGGCGUGUGGCAGCUGGGCAACCGCUUCAUGGCGGCGUGCCGGGAGGCGCUGUACUGGAUGCCCAAGCUGCGGAGCACGUUCAGGCUGACUCGGCUGUACCAGUUCGUGGUGUCCAACGGCAUGGGCAGCCUGUUCUCCGCCUACGCCACCUCGCUGGACCACCUGAUGGCCUCCGCCUGGAGCAGCCUGGACGAGCUGCGGACGGUGCUGAUCGUGGUGCUGGUGGUGGAGGUGCUGGUGGUUCAGGUGCUGUGCCUGGGCUACGAGUGGCUGCUGCUGUACCGCGUGGAGCGGGCGCGGCUGCUGGGCAUCUGCAGCAUGGUGGGGCUGCCGGGGCCGGUGCUGAGGCAGAUGGUGGCGCGCGACGUCAAGCUGUUGGAUGACUCUGAUGACGAGGACGAAGAGAACGAUAGCGAGAACGGGGAGCAUGAGGAUGGCAAGCAAGGCGGCGGCAACAACAAUAAUAACAACAACUACAGCGGCGCCGCUCUCAACGGGAACUCCGAGCCGCUGGCGCUGCCCGCGCCCGGUGAUGACAGCAGCGGCGCCGCCGACGCUGCGGACGGCGGCCGGGCCGGCACGUUAAAAGCCGUGCAGCAGGCGGACAGUGGCGACGCCGGCGGCAACAAGGCGGCCAAGUUUGCCAAGGAGGUGUCGGGUGGCGAGGACACAGUUGGCGCGGACACCGGCCGCAAGGCGCCGGCGGGCAGGCAGCUGCUUGCGAGCGCCACGACGGCGCUGGGCAGCGGCCGGCGCGACGGCGGCGGCGGUGGCGGCUCGUCCGUGAUGGCAGGCGACGAGUCCGCCAGCGAGGAUGCCUCCACGCACGGCGGCCGGGGCGGUGUGAUCAAGCACCACAAGCGGCGCAGCAUGGGCGUGACGGUCGUCAACGGAAAGACGCUGCACCCGGCGCGGCUGCGUGUGCCCAAGUUCAUGGGGCUGCUGGUGCUGUGGUUCGCGGCGGUGGUGGCCGUGUACGCCGUCAGCCUGGUGAUGCUGCAGGGCAUGCAGGGCCCGCUGGCGUCGCUCAACAUGGCGUCGCACGUCAUGUACCGCUACACGCGCGUGCGCGCCGUGGGCUUCAACUUCCUGGCGCAGGACGACAAGCCCGGCCGCGACCUGUGGCGCGAGGUGCUGCGGACCGAGGUGAAGCUGUUCACCUCCGAGUACAACACGCUCAUGUACGGCGGCACAGCGCUGUCGCAGGCUCUUUCGACCACCCUCAAUGGCUCCUCGCAGAGCAAGUCGGUGUUCCAGCACCCAGUGCCCGCCAGCGCCUUCGCCUCCAAGUCCUUCUCGGACGAGUUCUUCCGCACACAGCGCUGCUUCCGCUACAACCAGACGCUGUGCGCGAAGCCCGGGUCGCCCUGGUAUGAGGUGACCCACCACGGCCUGGACGCCAUGGUUCGCCGCAUGAUCACGGAGAUGGAGCUGCUGCUGUCGGACUCGGACGAGGACGUGCGGUACAACGGCACGCGCUGGACGUACAUGUACAACGUGGGCACGUUUGACCUGUACGAGGGGCUGCAGCAAUCCGCCGAGCUGUUCGUGUCCUUCUCCAUCAACCGCUACAACCGCGUCACGCAGAUCCACACGUGGCUGCUGGUGGGCACUGUCGUGCUGUUCGUCGCUUUUGUGGUGCUGGUGCUGUGGCCGCACCUGGCCAAACUCAAGGCGGACGCCGCCAGACAGAGCGCGCUGCUGAGCCACGUGCCCCCGGAGGUGGACACAGCGGCGCACGUGCGAGCCACCGUGCGGCGAGCGGGCUUCAACCGCGGUCCGAAACGCACGCGCGGAUGAGAAAGAGAUUCUCAGCAGGAUCCGUGGAAGGUUAGUGGUGGUUGGUGAGGAGGCGGAGCCAGGGAUGGAGAGGAGCAGCCGGAAGGAAGCGGACGCCCAUGGAAUGCUCUCGGGCUGCUGGGCAUACGUAUUACUGUUCUUAUACAAAGUAGUGUGGUAUGGUAUUCAGCAAGUAUAAGUUACGGGUCGUACGUUGGGUAAUUGAAGAUCAAAUAAUGAUGAGGUGUGUGCAUGUGCAUUGCGGGAAAUGCAGCAUGACCUUAUGGGAUUCGUGGGGGUCUUGAAGCAUGCGCGCACGCAUCAGGCGUCCAUCCUCACACAGUCUGCAUGUACCACGCAUCAGGCGUCCAUCCUCACACAGUCUGCAUGUACCACAGCAUGUUUCUGGCUACUGUCGUGCCCGCUUGUCUCAUGGGAUGAGUGUUGCAGUCGUGCGCAAGACCCCGCGUGAUGAAGAUUGCACCCACUUCCGCGCGGUUCUCAUGUGUGCAUCCUGACUAAGGAUUGUGCAGAUGAGGCGCGGACUCUAGCUGACCACUUUCCACAUGCCAGGAUAUCUUGACCAAAGACUCGUUGGGUCAAAGCGGCUGCCCUGUCCAUGGGCCACUGACUGUGUGGUACCGGCCUGAAACACUAGUUUGGUUUCCGUGGUGGUUUGCAACUGAGUGGGUGUGGAUUGCGGAGCUGUCGGUGGGGCCUUUUAACCAUCGUACGUGCUACUAAGCUACAUCAAGGAUAAAGUCAGUAGGCGGUAUAAGGCGGAACUGUGUAGGCCCUUGGCCGAUUGCCAUGCCUCGUGCAGGGGGCGUAUCCAGCGAAACGCUGGCAUACGAUAAUAUGAAACGCCCAGAAGGCAUUGAUGAUUCCAGAAGCUAUUCAUCAGUGCUGCCUCGUUUCCUGUCACGUUGCGUUAACGUGCCUAGCUUGCCAUGCAUGGCAUGCGUACAUCGUUGAUUAAGGGCUUUGUGCCUUCUGAUGUGUGGUUGUUUGGUGAGGUACGGUAGGGCUGUGCUGUGUUCACCCUGGUUUACAAAAUCUGUCGUUUACCAAUCGUUGCUGCUUCUAACCCGAUUGUCUCGUUCUCUUACGGACCAGUGCACGCGUCCAUCUCCAUGUGUGGCCUAAGAAGCGGUGGUUUGGAGGAUUUGAGAUACCGAUAUGAGUGUUGGUGGGGCGCGCAAGAGCACGUACGCCGCUGAAUUCCUAGUACAAGCAAGACCCCGUACGCCCGGGUCCAAGUAGCAGGUGUCAUACUGCCACACCGAUUGUAACUCGUCUAAAACUGUAACUUAUCAAGGAU